UUGCAUUGAAAAGCGUGUUUGUGUUGUGUUUUGCCUCAAGAAACUGAUCUGUGGUUACAUUUGUAGAUACAGUUAGUUAUCAGUGAUAUCUUGUGACAAAUCGGUGGCAGUGAUGGACGGAUCCGGUGGUAAACUGACGGGCGCUCAGAAGGAGGAGCUGAUGGAUACGGUUAAGCAACAAAUAGCGGUCGCCAACGCUCACGAGUUGCUCAAAAAAAUGACCGAAAAGUGUUUCAACAAAUGUGUCGUAAGGCCGGGUACUUCACUAGACAACAGCGAAACGGUAUGU